GUCGCUUUCAGUUUGUUCUGUUUCUUGUUUUGCAAAUAGUCUUAAUGGUUAAAUUUAGGUGGAAAUAUAUAAAAACUCAAAAAUGUGUUGUUCACCAUACGUGGCCACGAUUGUGGCAGGAGUACUUUGCCUUUUUCAAUGUUUCGCUAAUCUUUGUUGGAAUAUUCCAUUAAUCAUUGGACUGAGUGUGAACAAGACAGAAAUUUUUACUUUAACACCUAUUGAUAUUACAGAAAUUGAAAGACCAUUCGCGAUCUAUGGAGUCACGAUCCUUUUAGCGAUAGCAAAUCUACAACUCCUCAUAUUUUCUUGCUUAUUAAUAAAAGCAAAUCAUACUUUGAAGACGGAUUGGAUUGUGACAUGGUGUACAUUAGUUCUGAUAAAAUCAUUUCUUAAUAUCAUUUUAGGAAUCUAUUUCAUUUGGGAAUACGCACAUGAUCCUGAAAAAAAGAUUGCAAAUUUCCGAUUAGGAAUUUUAUUAUCUGGAAUUUUUUUCUUUUGGCCUACAGUCAAUAUUUGUCUUUUCAUUAUGGUUUGCAAAAGAUAUCGUGACAUAACGAGUUCUCGACUGACAACUUCCAGGACUGAUUCAUCACUCCUACGUGAGGAUUCUCAACCACCUCCUUAUUCCCCCGGAUCAUAUAUCUCUCAGCAACAGAACCAGAUUAUUGACCCAGCACCGGUCACCGGCUGGAGUCAUCAACCAAUCCUGAGUUUUGACGGCGAAGAAAGGCUGCUUUCCUCGUAAUGGGCAAUCCCUUAGAAAGAUCUACUCUGCAGAAACGAGAAAAUGUAGAAAGGAUUGGGGAAGGAAACUAUUUUUCACGCAUAUUUCCGUUGCCUAGAAAUUCCUUUCCUUAAAAUAUUAUAAAGUAUUUCAGUCUUCUACAGUUUGGACGUGGUGCUUAAAGGCAAGUUGCUAUAAGAUGAAUCCAUCAGGAACGCAAUAGUUCCGCAAUAAUAAAUUUUAUUUAACUUUUAAAGAGGUUUGAAUGUUUAUUUGUAGAUGUGAAUUGUAUAUUUUAGUAAUAAAAUCUGUAAAAU